AAGUGCUCGUCUUUUUAUUUUUGUCUUUCUAGAAACUCUAGCUAUCUCCGCCAUCGUUUCCCUCCAACUAGGGUUUCUUCGAUACUUUUCCUAAUUAUCCAUCCAUCCUUCAAUCCAGCUUACACUGAAUCUAUGUUUAACUAGUCUACUUAUAUUCACUUCACUUUCCUUUUCCGUGUAACUAAGCUAAGAUCAUUAAUGGCCAAGACCAAACCAGGAAAGAAGGACUUGGAUUCUUACACCAUCAAGGGGACAAAUAAAGUCGUCAGACCUGGAGAUUGCGUGCUUAUGCGACCUUCCGACUCUGACAAGCCACCGUAUGUUGCUCGACUGGAGAAGAUAGAAGCGGAUCAUCGGAACAACAUCAAAGUCCGUGUGAGGUGGUAUUACAGGCCGGAAGAGUCUAUGGGAGGUAGACGACAAUUCCAUGGGGCAAAAGAGUUGUUCUUGUCGGAUCACUAUGAUUUCCAGAGUGCUCAUACAAUAGAAGGGAAGUGUAUUGUUCACUCCUUUAAGAAUUAUACUAAGCUUGAAAAUGUUGGCUCUGAAGAUUAUUUCUGUCGAUUUGAGUACAAGGCUGCUACUGGAGGGUUCACUCCAGAUAGAGUUGCUGUGUAUUGCAAAUGUGAGAUGCCAUAUAACCCUGAUGAUCUUAUGGUUCAGUGUGAGGGCUGUAAGGACUGGUUUCAUCCUUUUUGCAUGGAAAUGUCUGUUGAUGAGGCAAAGAAACUGGAGCACUUUCUGUGCAGUGACUGUUCAUCUGAUGAUGAUACCAAGAGAUCAUUAAACUCAUUUCAAGUGUCUCCACCUGUGGAGGCUAAGGUAGAGCCUAAGCGAAGGAAGCGAUGAGCACAACACCCACAUAUGUGGUGCAAUUGUUGCCCGGGUAAGAACUGAGGAGGAGUUAAUCAUUUACUGAUAUUCUUGAUAGAUAGGUCUGCGUUGUUUGUAGCUGUUGCUGAUACAACGCUGUACUUGUUCAAUUGAGAAGUGUUUGUUUGUUUGUCAAGAAUUGUUCUUUUGUGUGCUAGAUAGAGACUUACAACAGACAGUUUCUCUCAUCUUUUGGAUUAUGUGCUAAGCUACUUGGAUUUCUGUUUUAAUAAUUUUGUUGGGUAUAACUUAUUGAAUAGUGUUAUUGGGUAAAAGGUUAUUUUGAUUAAUGAUCUGAAUAAUGUAUAAAUGGAUGGAUGGAUAACUCGAGAUUAAACUCAAA